UCAAAACUGAGAAACCCUAUGACUGUAAAUAUGGUAGAAAAUAUUUCAACCAUAAGCCAUCUGUUGCUGUAUGUGGAAGAAGUCACAUAGCCACAUACUGAAUCUGAAACCAGUCUGGGCUGUGUGAAAUGUCUCAAAAGCAAACAGACGGAGUUGACAGUGUCAGCGCCUAAGAACUUCAUUACUGGGUCAGGGUCUCUGCCUGGAACUCAGAGAUCCGUUCACCUCAGUACUGGGAUUAAAGGUAUGUGCCACCACGCCCACCCAGCUAAAACUUUUUUUUUCUUUUGGCAUAAAGCAGUUGUUUCUGGGUUUGGCCUCACAAAGCAUCCACUUUAGAGCUUCGAUGUAUUCCAAAUGCAACGAUGUCACUAACGAGUGACCGGGAUGCCCUAAACUGUAUAUGCCCCCAAGGCGGUUUCACAGGUUCUGAACUCCGGACGGCUCCCGCGAACUUCCGGUCUAUUUCCGGCGUCGCCAUCUUGCUUCCGGUUUCCGAGGGGGUUGGAUUGUGGCCUCAGUCCUGUGCCAGCCUGUCUGGGCGUCUGUGUGCAGUCAGACACCUGCCUUCUGAUCUGCCGUGGUGGCGCUCACCUGUAAGGCACCGUUCUGGCUUUUUGACUCAGCAACUAUGUAGAGAUAUUGGAAUCCACAAACGAGGCGUAGCGAGGACCUCACUUCUCACUUCUGUUGCCCAGCUUCUCCAGCUACAAUUGCUGGGCACUCCAUGUGCCUUGGCGAGUGAGGAGAAUGAGCAGUAUUGUGGGGUUGGUGUCAUUUGAGGAUGUGUCUGUGGACUUCACCUGGGAUGAGUGGCAGGACCUGGAUGACAGUCAGAGGAAGCUCUACAGGGACGUGAUGCUGGAGACCUACAGCAGCCUGCUGUCCUUGAAUCAGUGUGAUGCCAAACCUGAGUUGAUCCUGAAGUUGGAGCAAGGAGCUGGGCCAUGGAAGGAAGACAAUGCCCCAGACCAGAGCCUCCCAGCUCUGCAGCCUAUGAAGAGUCUGAAGGAAGCCAGAAGGGACACUGGGAAGAAACAUUUGAGCCACCUGCUAGUCACUGGCAGUGCAUCAGCUGAGGAGAGGGGCAGACUUGGGGAAAUACUUAGUAUGAAUUCAAACCAUGUUUUGCACCUGGCUCUUAAGACUAGGAGCACUUCUAGAAUGAGAUCUGAGGUGCUUGAUACAUGGGGAGAUGUGUAUCUCCCUGGUGGGCCCAUUGAGAUGCAGGCUACAGAGGAACUUGAUCAUCUUAAUCCAAGUAAGAUGCUACCCAGACCUCCCGCGCCUCUUAGUCUGGACUUCAGUGCUGAACGUGGACCACAGCACGGCCAGUGUGCCCAGCAUGGCGAAGCCUUCGAUGUGCGCACUGUAUGGACGCGUACAGUGUUUCCUUUGGGAGACAGCUCGACGAAUGCCUUUGAUAAGUUGGCUCUUACUGCCCAAGAGGGGACUCACAUAAGGGAGGAAACUUUUGAUUGUAACAUGUGUAAGAAGCCAUUCUCUGACACGUGUAACCACACUCGGCAUUUAAAACCACACCUGAAAAAACAGUGUGGUAAGUGUCCUGACGGCGAGCCAGCAUUCCGUGCGAAAGCAGGCCUUCAGCACACUCUGCACUCGUGGGGAAAACCGCGUGGGUGUAACGACAACAAGAAGUGUGUGCAUCAGAUGCCGAAACCGAGGUCGAAUCAGAGUGUCUUCUCCAGUAAAGAGAGUAAUUGUGUGAAAACAUUUUGCCCAGACUCAACUUUGAGUGUACAGCAGAGGCCACAUACAGGUAAAAAGCCCCAGGAGUCCAGUACACCUGUAAAAAUCAACAGCCAGCCUCGUCGACGUCACAGAUGUGGGAGGACCUAUCAGUGUAAAGUAUGUGGGAAAGCCUUUAAACACACGCAAAAUCUCUAUUUACACCACAGAACCCACACUGGGGAGAAGCCCUAUGAGUGUAAAGAGUGUAAGAAACUAUUCAGCGUAAAGUCAAAUCUCAGUGUGCAUCAGAAAACCCACACAGGCGAAAAACCCUAUGAGUGUAAUAUAUGUGGAAAUGCCUUUAAAAGGAGGUGUGACCUAACUAUCCACCAGAGAGUCCACACAGGCGAGAAGCCCUACGAAUGUAAAGAGUGCAGGAAAACUUUCAGUAUAAAGUCAGGGCUCAUUGUACAUCAGAGAAUCCACACGGGUGAGAAACCGUAUGAGUGCAGUGUCUGUGGGAAACGUUUCAACCAGAAGUCAAAUCUCUCCACACAUGAGAAAAUCCACACAGGUGAGAAACCCUUUGAAUGCAAAGAAUGUAGCAAAGCAUUUAGUGUCAAGUCCUAUCUCACUAUCCAUCAGAAAACUCACGUGGGUGAGAAACCUCACUCGUGAAGUCUGGGGAAGCCUUCUGUGAGCAGACAAACCUCCAUAGACAUCCUAGCGCGGACACCGGUCAGAAAUGGCCUCUGUGCACACAGAGAAUGGAGAAAAAGCGUAAGCUGUUUAUCCUCUCCCCAUGUGCUGCAGAGAGGUGAGAGGUGAUGACCCCUGGGCACGUAAAGGUGACAGAGACUCUGAGUCUAAAGUCAGGUCUCAUCAGUUAGUGAGCUCAAAACCUACCAAUGUAGGAUGUGCUCAGAAGACCUCUGCCAGAUGUCAGACGUUAGCUAUCAGAGAAAGGCUGCAGUUGAGAGACCCUCUGACUGUGAGGUCUGGGUCAGUCUUCAGUAAGACUGGAGAAUCCGUACUGAGAGAAACCCUGAGUGUAGCUCUGUGGAAAGCCCUUUAGUCAGAAGUUCCAUCUCUAAGAAGCUUUUGGCUUCCCGCUGGUGAGAAGCCCUGUGAAUAUAAAGAAUGCAGCAAAGCAUGCCAGACAUUUGUCCCCUUGCCACGUUUGUCACAGAGGUUCCUGUCAGUGUAAUCUACAGAACGGUCACCUGCCACCGUUCAACCCUAGAUACACAUCAGAGAGAAGUCUCACCGAUGAGAGGCCUUACGAGUGUAAGAACUCGGAAGCAUUUCCAACAAAGGUGCAGCGGGGCCCUCAAGUAGAAAAGCUCUGCAGGUAGAAAGGGGAGGGAGUGCCAACAGCAGGUAGCUCACUGCAUGUCACACACACACAGCUGAGAAGUCUGUGGUGAAUGCAGUGUAUGCGGAGAAACCUCCUAGAUGUCAGACCUCAGCAGUCCGUAGGUGAAGAGCCCUUCAGCUGUAAGGCAUCCUUUACUGCAUACCAAAGAAGGCACAUGGGAUAAGCCAUAGCAAUUUAAUGUGUGUGCAAAAACUUGGUUCUGUAAGACAAAGACAUCUGCCUCCACUAGAGACCCACACAAACACAAAACCCCGUGAAUAUAAAAACUGAAUGAAAAAAGAACAAAAACCCUGUGAAUUUAAAGAAUGUAGAAAAUAUUUCAUAUUUUUGAGUUAUGUGUAAGAACUCACAUAGGUAACUGUGCACACACACACAAGUAAGUAUAACAUAAAGAGAAAUGUGUGCGUCAGAAAACCCUCACUCCCGAGAAACCACAGAGUGUGAUAUAUAUAAUAGAUAACAUUUUUUUACCCAGUGGGAACACUUUGGAGAGUUCACGGGCUGGAAGUACCUGGAUGUAAUGUAUAUAGACAACACUGUUAUAGGAAGUUGACUCCACAUUGGAGAAUUCACAAGAGAGGGGAUGCUGUUGUCAGGUGGGAACGCAUAUCUAGAAUGGUUAUCGAUAUGGAAAAAUGUCGUUGUGAGAAGUCCUAUAUGCACAGGUCUCGUGUGCUAAGAUUUGCUUUGCUUCUUUUUCCUGGGACCUGGCAGCCUGUUUGUGUAGUGUAAUGGCGAGAACAUGUCCUGGGUCUUAUGGGAGUUUUAACAUUUGUCAUGAGUCAUUUCUUCCCGGCCUCAACCCUGAAUGCUUGAAUACAUUAUCCCUGAAUCUGUCCUCAUGGCCUGAAAGGCAGGUGAGUUUAUCUUUGAUAAGAGGGCAUAGCAAAUGACACUGAUUUAAGGACAUGUCUUAUUAGAGAGAGCAGAGCCUCCGUAUGUGUUUAUAAAUCUCUUGUUCAUAUGAGUGAUAGAACAUUCUAUAUGAGCUUUUUGCAAUGUAGUACAAAAUCAUUUUGAAAACAUUUCAAACAGAAUCUUUCAUGUUAGAAAGCUCACUCAGGAGAGGACCCUUCUUGUAACCUGUGUAUUUUCAAGCCAUUUUGUGAAUAAAAAGAACCAUGACAUUUCAAUAAAUUCUAAAUGCCUUACCUGGCACAAGCAUUACAUUAAAAAGAUAGUUAAGCUCUUUUCAUGUGUGUUCCAUAUGUAUAUCCAUAAAACAUUAAAAUUCAUAUGUAUCGGAAAUUAUUCAUUAAAAUGGCAUUGUCACUUUCUAAGUGUUAAAAGUGCUAAAAUUAUGUUUGAGCUGGGUGUAGUGGCAUGCGCUUUAAUCCCAGCACUCAGGAGGCAGAGACAGUCAGAUGUCUGAGUUUGAGUCCAGCCUGGUCUUCAUAGAGAGUCCUAGACCAGCAGGACUACAUAAUGAGACCCCCCCUUUUUUUUUCCGAGACAGCGUUUCUCUGUGUAGCCCAAGCUAUCCUGGUACUCACUCUGUAGACCAGGCUGGCCUUGAACUCAGAAAUCUGCCUGCCUCUGCCUCCCAAGUACCAGAAUUAAAGAUGUGCGCCACCACUGCCCAGCAAGACCCCCAACUUUAAAAAAAACAAAAAACAAAACAAUUGUUGAAUAUGAUAGAUUUGGUCUACAUCUGGGGACAUUCAUAUUUGUCACAACCAAAGUUUAAGAAUUGCAACUAACUCUGGUGGCUACCAGGAUGCAAGGAUGCAGCUGAGCUGGCCGGAGGGAUGGUUGUCCUUUUCCUGAGGAGGCACGAACAGGUGUCUUCUUAGCCCAGAUAGGCCACCAACAACAGACCAAAGAAACAGCUCUGUCAAGCUCCAAUCUGGUGAAUCCGGUGAGCCUAUUGAGCUUACAGGAGUAUGGUCGCAACAGCUGCAUCACUGAAAACCCCACCGCAUUGUCGGGGUGACUGAAAAGUGGGACACUUGCAGGAAGCUCAGCGGGUACAUACCAUGUCAGGGGCCCUCCCCCGCCCCAGCAGCCCUUCCUGUUUUACAGACCUGGAAAGGGGUGGGCAUUGUGCAUCUUAUACAUUCUGAGGGCUCUGUGAGACUUCGGGUUUUAUUUCUGAGUCUUAAUGAGCAUCCCCCCAGGAUGGACUGUUUUCAUUCAGAGGAAACUGCUACACAUCAGGCACUACAGACCCUGCAAUGGGUAAGGUUGGGGUAAGGUUUGUGCGUAUGAUUUUACCACAUUAGCAGGGGUUCCCUGUGUGCAGGGGCAUGCAGGAAAUAAACUUUGUGUAAAAUAUUUUAUGAUUUACAUUAAGGUUUUCCUCAUUAAAUUUUAUCCUAGCCUGUU